UAGAAUCUACACAUAGGCUGCUUGAUGAGUAUAGGAAUCAGGAUUUCCACAAAUGUCUAGAUUUACAAGACUCAGAAUCCACGGCUAUCGCGUUUAUAACUCCAUUGCUUAAGGAAAUAAAUAAUCUCAAUAUUUGUAUUACUGAGAUUUAUAUUGAUGCCACAUAUAAAACUACACGUAGCCAUUAUGAACUUUAUAGCAUCAUUGCUGACGUUGAUGGUGCUGGUUAUCCAAUCACCUAUCUUAUAAUAGAUACAACAAAGGCAAAAGAUACAGACCCUAGCACAGGAAAACGUCGUAUCAUAUUAGAAAAGUUCCUGGUUGCUCUUAAGUCACAUAAUAUAAAUCCGCAAUUCGUCUUUACUGAUAAAAACUUUGUGGAAAUCAGUGCAGCAUCCAAUAUAUGGGGUAGUUCUGUUGUUCAACUAUGCGUCUGGCAUAUGAAACAGGCCAUAAAACGCAAGCUUAAGAAAAAAGCAAAAUCAUCAGACGAUUCUAAAUUAUUAACCGUGAAUUAUAAUUUUUAUCAAGCAGCUAGUGAAUAUGAUUUUAUCGAUCCUACUUUUUAUCUAACAGAAGAGGAUCAUGCACAAGGGAAUACGAUAGAACCAGAAGCUAUUAAAAAAAGCGCUAUAGAGGAAAUAUAUAAAUUUUGUGAUGAGCAUAAAUUACG